AUGGCUCCCAAUGAAAACCUUCAGACUGUGGGGAUUAUCCAGUUGCUGAAGCAUUUUGGAUGGACGUGGAUUGGCCUUUUAAUUCUGGAUGAUGACAGUGGAGACAAUUUCCUCCGAGCUCUGGACCCACUUCUUUCUGAGAACAGGAUCUGCUCUGCUUUUGUGGAGAGAUUUCCCAAACAAGCAUUUAUUUUUAUUUUUCAAAAUCCUAUGGUGGGUAGGAUAAAUGUUCACUUGAGGGAAACCAAAAUCAAUACAUUCAUCUUCUAUGGAGAAAGCUUCACAGCAAUGGUUCUAUUUCUGUUUGUUAAAUAUAUAGACGAAAGUUAUGGGAAAAUGUGGAUUCUAACAGCUCAAAUUGAUCUUACAUUAACAAGUCUUCAUCAACCUUCAGAUUUGCAGUUGUUUGAUGGAGCAAUUUCUUUUGCUAUUCACUCCAAUGAACUGCCACAGUUUGAGGAAUUCCUUUGGGCCAUAAAACCAUUUCAGACCCAACAGGAUAGUUUGUUCAAAGAGUUCUGGGAACAGUGCUUUGAUUGUGUCUUUUCAGACAGCACUAAACCAAUGGAAAGUGAUGAAGCAUGUACUAGGAAGGAAGAUCUGAAAAAGCUUCCUAGACAUUUAUUUGAAAUGACUGGCCACAGCUAUAGUAUCUACAAUGCAGUCUAUGCUGUAGCACAUGCUCUUUAUGGCAUGAACAUACUUAAGUCUAAAUACCAAAGAAUAACAAAAAGUAGAAGGAAUGAACUUGAAGAUCAAGGCAUCUGGAAGCUUCAUUGGUUUCUUCAAAGCCUUUCAUUCAAUAAUUCCCUUGGAAAAACUGUAUCCAUCAACCAUCAUGGAGAAGUGCUUUCUGGAUUUGAUAUUACAAAUGUGGUCAUGUUUCCAAACAAUUCCUACCAUAAAGUGAAAAUCGGAAAAAUUGAUCCCAAAGCUCUUGAAGGAAACAAAUUUGUGAUUAAUGAAGAUUUAAUUGUGUGGCACAAAUAUUUUAAGCAGAUCUUGCCUCGUUCAGUGUGUAAUAAUCCCUGUCCUGCUGGCUAUCAGAAGAAAAAGAAAGAAGGCAAGAAAUUUUGCUGCUAUGAUUGUGAUCCAUGUUCUGAUGGGAAGAUGUCAAACAUGUCAGACACAAUUGCCUGUUCUGAAUGUCCAGAAGAUCAAUUUCCAAGUAAAGACAAAGUUCGAUGCAUCCCCAAAGCAAUAACAUUUCUAACUUUUGAAGAACCUUUAGGGAUCAGCUUAGUUGCGAUUACUAUUUUAUUUUCAACCAUUACCAUAUUUAUACUUGCGAUAUUUAUUAACUAUAAAGACACACCUGUUGUGAAAGCUAACAACAAGGACCUCACCUACACUCUUCUCAUCUCCCUUCUGCUUUGCUUUCUCUGCUCUUUUCUUUUCAUUGGAAAACCUCUCAAAAUGAUUUGCUUCCUCCGACAAUCUGCAUUUGGCAUUAUCUUCUCUGUGGCUGUUUCUUCUGUGUUGGCCAAAACCAUCAUGGUCAUUGCAGCAUUCAUGGCCACCAAACCAAGAUCCAGCAUGAGAAAAUGGUUGGGCAAAAGAGUGUCCAUUUUAAUUAUUUUUUUCUGCUCCUUCAUUCAAGCAGGCAUUUGUCUGGCAUGGAUGAUCACUUCUCCACCCUUUCCAGAACUUAACAUGCAAUCAGUGACUGAAGAGAUCAUAGCUGAAUGUAAUGAAGGGUCCGUUGUGAUGUUUUAUCUUGUCUUGGGCUAUAUGGGUUUUUUGUCUCUAGUCAGCUUCCUGGUGGCUUUCCUAGCUAGGAACCUGCCCGACACAUUCAAUGAAGCCAAAUUCAUCACUUUUAGCAUGCUGAUGUUUUGCAGUGUUUGGUUAUCUUUUGUUCCAACAUAUUUGAGCACCAAAGGAAAGUAUAUGGUAGCUGUGGAGAUCUUCUCCAUCUCAGCUUCUAGUGCUGGGUUAUUGGGAUGUAUCUUUUUCCCUAAAUGCUACAUUAUUUUACUGAGGCCUGACCUCAACAGCAAACAGCAACUUGUAAAGAGAAAGCAUUUCUGA